UUGCACGCCCCAUUAAAAGUGCGGGAGCGUCCUUGCAGUGGUAGCCCUAAUUCGACCCAGCGCUUGGAAAUUGGGGCUAAUUAUAACGUAUAAGUUCAAGGAGGAAGUACCCAUGCAAGCCUCACUGCUGAGCUUGGGUGCAAAACCACCACUAACAUCGCAUCAGAUCCGUGUGAAAUCGCUCUACACUCCCACCUCCUUCAACGAUCCUACAGAUUCUACCUCCAUGGCUGCUAUUCCUGCUCCCAAGUGGGCCCAGAAGACCAUCACUCUUCCUCCUCAGAGGCGAGGCUGUCACCACAUCACCCCUAAGAUAUUGAAGGAAAUUGGGCAAGACUUGUCAGGAUUCAAAUGUGGCCUUGCUCAUCUAUUCAUUCAGCACACAAGUGCUUCUCUGACUAUAAAUGAAAAUUACGACUCGGACGUUCGAGAUGACACUGAAACAUUCCUCAGCAAAAUAGUUCCAGAGGGAAGAUCUGCACCUUGGAAGCAUACACUGGAAGGUCCGGAUGACAUGCCAGCACACAUCAAAUCUUCAAUGUUUGGUUGCAGUCUCACGAUUCCAAUUACUGAUGGACAGCUAAACAUGGGAACUUGGCAGGGGAUAUGGCUGUGUGAGCACCGUGACCGUGCUACUGCACGCAAAGUCGUGGUCACCCUUAAUGGAGUAUAAGGUGAUAAAAUUAGUUGUGUUUUUCUUUUAUAUAUGUAAAUGAGGUGUUGCGGUCAUAAACCGCCCUUUUCACUUGUUAAGAUGUUAGUGCUGUGUUCUUCUUGGACUGCUUCUGUACCAUGCCCAUUACUACUGUUCUCAAAGGGUGGAUUUUUCUUUGAAGAUUUUGGACAUGAAUAAUUUUAAUACCUUUUACAGGAAA